CACAAACAGCCUGUUUCAGUCGGGAACACUUCAGUCCACUGCAGCAGGAGCGACAUAUCAUUUAGAAAACCUGGGCUCUCUGGACUGUACCUGUGGUGAUGGGCCGGGCCGGGUGAUGAGGGUGGUGUGGGGGUGCCAGGGGCGCAAGAGGAGGUCUGGACGCUUAGGCCACACGGCGAGAUAGGGCCGAGACCGCCUCAUGUGUCAGGCCUCUUAUGUGUUCUGGUCCCCACUGACCCCCAUCCUCCCAGCAGCAGUGGGAUGUCCCAGGUGUGUCUCCUCUUGGCCUUGCUUACGCUCUGCAGCUGCACAAAGGUCUCCUCGACUAACUCCCUGGAGCUUGUGAAGGAGCAGUGGAGCAGCUACGAAAACCAAUGCCUGGACUACCUUACCGCCACGCCCCCUGCCACAGGGCUGGUGUGUAACAGGACCUUUGACCUGUAUGUUUGCUGGCCUGAUGGACUUCCAGGAACCACUGUCAAUGUCUCCUGUCCAUGGUUCCUGCCAUGGUACCGGAAAGUUCAGCAGGGUCUGGUCUACAGAGUCUGCAAUGAAGAUGGUCAAUGGGAGGAAAAAAAUACCAGCGAAUGUGAGGACGACCCUGGUGAGCAUCAGUAUGGUCGCAUCCUCAGUCAGUUACGGAUCAUGUAUACAGUGGGCUACUCGCUCUCCCUUGGAGCUCUGCUACUGGCCCUGGGAAUCCUCAUCACCUUCAGGAAGCUCCACUGUAUGAGGAACAACAUCCACAUGAACCUGUUUGCCUCGUUCAUCCUGAGAGCCGUGUCCAUCCUGGUUAAAGACGCCCUGCUGACCCUCACACUGGACACCAGAAGCAGCAGUGACACCCAGACACAAGGCUGGGUUAACAUACCGGCGGUGACGUGGUGCCGUGGUGCCAUGGUGAUGAUGCAGUACAGCGUGAUGGCCAACAACUAUUGGCUGCUGGUGGAGGGCAUCUACCUGCACAGCCUGCUCGUCAUCACUGUGUUCAGCGAGAAGAAGUACUUCUACAUUUACCUCGCCAUUGGCUGGGGUGCACCACUCAUAUUCGUGUUGCCUUGGAUCACAGUGAAAUAUCUGUAUGAGAACGUGGAGUGCUGGGAGAGGAAUAUUAACAUGGGAUAUUGGUGGAUCAUCCGUUCUCCUAUACUGUUUGCUUAUCUGAUUAACUUCUUCAUAUUCAUCCGAAUUAUCAAAAUCCUGAUGUCUAAACUCAGAGCUCAUCAAAUGAGAUACACUGACUACAAGUUCAGAUUAGCAAAAUCCACUCUGACUCUCAUCCCUUUGCUUGGGAUACAUGCCAUCCUCUUCACCUUUGUCAUCGAUGAGUCUGUCCCUAAAGGCUCCAUGCUGCGGCUCAUUCGUCUCUUCUGUGACCUGCUGUUCAACUCUUUCCAGGGCCUGCUGGUUGCCAUCCUGUACUGCUUUGUCAACAAAGAGGUGCAGUCGGAGAUGCUGAAAAAGUGGAAAAGGUGGAAGCUGGGUAAGGACAUUGAUGAGGAGUACCGGCACACCCACAGCCACAUGCAGGCAAAGACCGGCAGCAUUGCAGGCAAUCUAUCCUAUCUCCAUGACAACAAUGCCAGCGAACCCAGCGGCGACUCACCUCACCUCAACAAGGCUGACAGAGGGCCCUCCUGCUCCGCCGCACCUGAGGAGAACCGCCGAUUGGUUGUCUCCUAUAGCAACGGGACAGGCAAAGGCAGACCCACCAAGGGCAGACACACCCUGCAUUUCUCUCUCCUGCCACACAGAGGCGUCUCCAGUCAUAUCAGCACUACCACAGAAGAAACGUGUCUGGAUGAGAAGGCGCAGUGCCACACUUACCCUCUGGAAGGAGACGAAACUAAUGUCUGAGGACAACUUGCUCUGAGCCCUCGUGAUGAAAACUCACUGAUUGUGCUUAUCGUUGUUUCAAUGUUUAUCAUGCGCCAACACGACAGCCUGAGUGGGAGUAAAAUGAGGAAGUGACCCACACAGAUCAAGAUGUCCAUCGCUACAUAACGUUGCGGGAAAAACAGUUUUAACCUACCCAGUUGCAAAUAUUUAUUGGGGUUUUUUUUGGAUCUUGGAAAAGCACUUAUUGACUUCAGACAUCAGGAAUGAUUAAAUUAAUUAAAACCAAACUCUAGUGAUGUUCAGUGUGAGUGGAUGUGUAUAUGUAUGUGUGUGUGUGUGUGUCUAUGCAUAUAGAGAAUUGCCAUUUCAACACCAACCUUGCUCACAUUGUUUCAUCUGUACUGCCGUUGUCACUAUGAGUCAUGCUUAGGUUGUGUCUUGUUUGCAGCAAUCGGUGCUCAUUUGUGGUACUUUCCUUGCUUGCAUGCAUGGCUCUUAACGUCUUCACUAAGCAAUUCACCAGCGACCACAUCCUCACAGAGGGUGGAUGCUUUGAUAUUCAGAGAGAGACUGUGCUAUAGUGUUUAAGUUAUUCUAGGUUUUAAAUGACCAAAGCCAAAAAAGAAAAUAAUAAUAUACCGUGAUGGGUUUGCGAUGGGAUCGAUGUGACAAAUCAGGAAUCAAACCCAUUCUUUCUUGCACAUUCCUGUCCUUCUUUUUUACUCCAUCCUUUGCCUUUUUAGACAGAUUUUUCCUGCCUGAAUGUAUAUGAACAAUGGAGACAUAUUUAAGUGUAUAUAUGUGAUUAGAAAUACAUACUAUAUCAACAGCACCUGGAUUUAUCCAGUCAGGAGACGUAAAUGUUUUAUUUGUCUUCAUGCAGACUCCAAAGCAAUUUGGCAAUUUCUUUUUUCUUUUUUUCUUUUUUUGGUGUUUUACGUGAAUUUAAGUACCUCCAGAUAAUGAUCAUCAUUCCAAUCUGCUCCAAUCUGCUUUUUCAGCCAUACAGUAUUUUUAGAGUGCUGGCAAACAUAAAA